AUGGGCGUUGCUCUCCCCCGCAUGGGCGUUGCGCUCCCCCGCAUGGGCGUUGCUCUCCCCCGCAUCGGCGUUGCGCUCCCCCGCAUGGGCGUUGCUCUCCCCCGCAUCGGCGUUGCGCUCCCCCGCAUGGGCGUUGCGCUCCCCCGCAUGGGCGUUGCGCUCCCCCGCAUGGGCGUUGCGCUCCCCCUCGCAUGUCAUGCGUGGGCCUCUCCGUUUCGCCUCGCGCUUCUGCCGCGCCUGACCUGUGCCCCCUCGUUCGUCUCCUUGCUCCGUGUGCUGACGCAUUGUGUGCUGCGCCCGUGUGCGGAGGUGGCGCGGCUGGAGGGGGAAGUGGCGGCGCUGAAGAAGGAGAUGGUCGUCAAGUCACCUCACCCUCCCUCCACCCCCCGUGCUCGCCACUCCUGCCACGUGCCAAGCAUUGUGCUAUGUGCUGCAUGCAUUGUGCCAUGUGCUGCGUGCAUUGUGCCAUGUGCUGCAUGCAUUGUGCCAUGUGCUGCAUGCAUCGUGCCAUGUGCUGCAUGCAUCGUGCCAUGUGCUGCAUGCAUCGUGCCAUGUGCUGCAUGCAUCGUGCCAUGUGCUGCAUGCAUCGUGCCAUGUGCUGCAUGCAUCGUGCCAUGUGCUGCAUGCAUCGUGCCAUGUGCUGCAUGCAUCGUGCCAUGUGCUGCAUGCAUCGUGCCAUGUGCUGCAUGCAUCGUGCCAUGUGCUGCAUGCAUCGUGCCAUGUGCUGCAUGCAUCGUGCCAUGUGCUGCAUGCAUCGUGCCAUGUGCUGCAUGCAUCGUGCCAUGUGCUGCAUGGAUCGUGCCAUGUGCUGCAUGGAUCGUGCCAUGUGCAGCCAUCCUCCUCCGCCAUGUCUGCGCUCGCCUCGCCCGCUCACACCAAUGCACCACCAACUCCAACUCUAUCCGUGUGCCCCACCACCUCUUCUUGCUGCCCAUUGCCCAUCCGCCCUCCGUGUCUCUCAGCUUCCCGUCCCUUCCCCUGUCGCUCCCCUAUCCCCCCACCACCCCCCUCCCCCUCGCCCCCUGGCGCUGGCCGUGGCAGGCGGAGAACGAGCGCCUCAAGGAGGACCUGCAGCGCGCACUGGAGGGCGCACAGGGGGGCGGGGGAGGGGGCGGGGGGGGCGCGGGGGGACGCACAUUGGAGGAGGCGGAGCAGGAGCUGCGCGAGCUGCAUGAGGAGUUCACCCGCCGCCUCAACGCCGCUGAGAAAAGCCUUCUCAUUUGCCUUCCCGCGCCCGAUGCUGCCCACCUGCAUGCGUUCCCUCCUGGCUGUGCGUGUGGUGCUUGGUUGUGUGCGUGUGGUGUGCGUGUGGUGUGCGUGUGGUGUGUGGGGUGCAUAAUGUGCGUGUGGUGUGCGUGUGGUGUGUGGGGUGCAUGGUGUGCGUGUGGUGUGCGUGUGGUGUGUGGGGUGCAUGGUGUGCGUGUGGUGUGCGUGUGGUGUGUGGGGUGCAUGGUGUGCGUGUGGUGUGCGUGUGGUGUGUGGGGUGCAUGGUGUGCGUGUGGUGUGUGUGUGGUGCAUGCGUUCAGGGAGGAGUGUUUUGGGUUGAGGCGGCUGGUGGAGGAGCAGAGGCAGGCAGCAGCGAGGAUGGAGGGGGAGAUGGCGGAAAGGGACGCUCAGCUGCACCAGGUGGGAGCACCGCCCUCCCAACACAACACGGGCUCUGCUUGCCUUUCACUGCUCGCCUUGCCUUGGCAUCGCUCAUCAACCCUCUGCAUCACUCAUCAUCCCUCUACUCACGUGUUGCGUGCUCCAUGCUUUUUUGCUUCAGCCAUCAUGCCUGCCCUCAUGCCUUCCUCUCCCCUCCUUCAUCCCUUCCCCUUUCUCUCCACUGCACAACAACCAUCCCCCUCUCCUACCCCUCCCCCCUUCCACUGGCACGGGCAUCAGAGCGAGCGGGAGAGUGAGGCACUGCGGCAGGCGGUGGAGGAGAGGGAGGCGGUGGCGGCCAGGCAGCGGCAGGACCUGACACGCGUGGAGGCGGACAGAGACCGGCUGCUCGCCACAAAGCAGGUCAUCUCCUCUUCCCUCUUUGAAUUCCCCUGUCUACUUUCCUUCUGCAGCCUUCCUUGUGUCGUUCCACCCUUGUCUGGUCUCUCUACCGCCUAUACGGCCGCCCACACAGCCCCUGUGCCAUGCAUGUGUGUGUCUGUGCUCCGCCGCUCUGCCCUGCUGCAGGCGCUGGAGGCGGCAGCCCAGAGCGCAGACGCCACCAGGUCCGCCCCCAACCUCAUCCUCCUCGUCCCACAUGAGCUCUCACCUCACACCCAUCAACACAUUAUCUUCACUUCAUCUCUCCUUAACGUGCCCAUUCUCUGCACUGCAAUCUCUCUCAUCCCGUCGUCGCUGCUGGAGGAGGCCAACGAGGCGCUGGCAGCCACCAGGCAGGCGCUGCAGCACCACAAGGACCAGCUGCUGCGGGUGGUGGCAGAGGGAGCGCAGGAGAGGGCAGCAGCGGUGGAGGCGGUGAGGGAGGAGAUGCGGCAGCAGCGGGCGGCACUCGAGGCACAGGCGGCUGACAAGGAGAGCCACCUCACAGCUGCUCUCACUGCCCUCGCCCAGAGGGCAACGGAGGCAGAGAGGGAGGCAGUGCAGCGAGAAGAGAAGCUGAUGCAAGAGGUAUGCUGGUCGCUGGUGCAAGAGGUAUGCUGGUCGCUGGUGCAAGAGGUAUGCUGGUCGCUGGUGCAAGAGGUAUGCUGGUCGCUGGUGCAAGAGAUGGAGGGCAUGGUGGCGCAGGUGAGGCGGAUGGAGCAGGAGGAGGAGCAGCGCGAGCGCGUGCACCAGGAGCAGCAGCAGCAGUGGGAGCAGCGGUGGCGCCACGCAGAGGAGGGGCGCAGGAGGGCGGAGGAGAGGGCGGGGCAGGCGGAGAGGGGGGCAGGUGAGGCAGCGAGGGGACGGGAGGAGGCAGAGAGGCAGGCGCAGGCUGCAGUGAAGCGACUGCAGGAGUUGCAGCAGCAGCAAGAGGAACUGCGGGAGGCGGCGCAGGCGGCGGGGGAGAGGGAGGGCAUCGCGGAGCAUGCGAGGGCGGAGGCAGCAGCAGCGCUGCAGGCGGCACGUGAGGCGAGAGACGAGGCUCUCAGACGCAUUCGGGACAUGGAGCGGGCAGGGCGGGGGCGAGGAGCAGAGGGCGAUGAUAGGGUUGGGGAAGGGGGGCGAGAGGGCAAGGGUAGUGGCGGGAGCAAGGGGCAGCAGCAGCAGCAAGAAGGGGCUGAGAUGCCGGGCAGCAGUGCAGGCAGCAGCGGGCGGGCGGCACGGGGGGAUGAGGGGCUGACGGGCAACAGCAGGCCAGGCGGUGGGGGGGGGAGUGCUAGGGGUGGGACGGGGGAGGGCAGUGCGGUAGGCGUGGGAGGGGCGAAGGCGGGGGAGGGGGUGGGAGGCGGUGCGGUGCGGCUGGGCGACCUGGACGUGGGGGGGUGGGGCAUGGCAGCGGGCGGGGUGGGCUUGGAGCGACUGCGCGCCAAAGUCAGGUGGGUGCUGUGUGCUGGGCUGGGCUUCCUUCCCUCUCCCUCUUCCUCGCCGCCUCUCACGCCCUCUCUGCCUCCUGCCUUGUCUCUCAAGAGUUGUUUUCGGUUCUACACCUGUGCUUUCACCUGGGCUGCUGCCUUCGCACUGCAGCAUGGUAGAAGCAUGAAGGGCGAGCGUAGGGUGAAUGGGGUGUUAUAG